AGUAGCCUAAUUACCUACCACAAAGUAGCCUAAAAACACGCCUACAUUCACUAUGACCAUAUGUGAGCAGACACUGAGCAGCUAUUGUUUUUAUGUUUCUGCCUUGUUAAUAAUUCACCUCACUCUUUCACUGCGCGCACGGUGUCGAUUACUCACUCGACGUCCUACCCCAAGUCCACAAACCAUAAACUGCGUUCUUGGUCGAGAACAGUGUAAAGGUUUUGUGUCUUAUUUUUGGGGACUGCCGCGUGUUUCGGAGCCCGCCAACAAACCCAGUGUUUCCCCGGGAGUUUGACGAAAACUGAUCCGACAUGUUGUCUCCUAAUGACGUGCAGCUCCACAUGGAUACACUAGAGAUCUACUCGAGGCUGUUGAAUCAACUCAAUCCAAGCCUGCAGAAACUGGUGUCUCUCGGCAAUAGCUACAUCCAGGCUUUCUAUGUCCUUGCCACCACCAGCGAGGCCUACUUCAAAGCGCUUGCCAGGAUCGGGGAGCAGGCGUUGGGCACCAAGUCAUCAGGCUCCAUAGGACGGAUCUUGAUUCAGAUCGCAGAAAACCAAAGGAAGCUCAGCACGGAAGUGGAGGGAGUUUUCAAAUUCCAUGCGGAGGUCCUUCAUGAUAUGGAUCACCACACUCAACUAGAUCAAGGCUACAUAUCAGACAGCAGAGGGCGCUAUGAGAUUGAGGUCCGCCGCCAAGCAGAUGCUCUGGAGAGGAGGAGGGGAGAAGCCCAGAGUGAGUGUGAGUACCUGGUCAGGCGGAGCUACAGCGACGCCCUGCAGGAGGAAGAGAGGAGAUAUCGCUUCCUGGCAGAGAAACACUGUGACGUCGGACACGCCGUCGCACAGGUCAUGAACAAGACGGGGGGUGUUUCCCAGCAGAGGCUUGAGGUGUGGAGAGAGGAGCUGAACGCCACCAGAGGACGGGAGGUCAGCGGAGGGUCAAGCAGAGCAGAACACCAGGUGAGCAGGAGGGAGGAGGAGAGGAGUCCGUACUCGGAGGAGCAGCAGCUCGGAAGAGUGCCCUCUAGAGCACCGUCUCCCUCAUCGCUGAAGAGCCGCUCCAGCUCCCUCGCGGAUCUAACCGGGGACGGUCUGUUGGGUUUCGGAGGAGGUAGCACUGGCAACGGUGGUCGUAGUGGUAGUGAUGGAGGGAGGAGGAGGACCAUGAAGGCCGUGGCCACCCACCAAGCUGACCCAUCCAAGCCAACCGUCCUGGGCUUCCAGCGGGGGGAGUUGGUCACCGUGCUGGUCUCCCAGCCCAGGAACGGCUGGCUGUACGGACAGGCCCAAAACCCGUCUCGUCAGGGGUGGUUUCCAGCUGCUUUCGUGGAGGCCGUGGAUGAACCCUCAAAAGCCCCCAGCAGCUACAGCGGCUCCAGCAUGCGGAGCAGCAGCAGCAUGAGUGACCUGUUGGACCAAUCAGGAGGCAGAAGCGUGAGCCGUGGUGGAGGUCCAGCUCCUGCCCCACCCCCUCCCCCUCCCCCUCCCCCGCCUGCCCCAUCGACAGAGACACGAGCCAGCACACACACCUCCCACAAGAAGCACCCUAACCCAGUCGCUGACAACAAGCGAAGAGAGGAGCAUGGGUCGAAACCAGAACUCUUCCCAAGGGGAACCAAUCCGUUCGCUACGGUAAAGCUGAAGCCCACAACCACCAAUGACAAGUCAAAGCCAAAACUUCACCGAAGAUGAACUUCAAUGAUCAGCAGUAGCCUCUUAGCAUGGCUACAAUAUAAAUAUUAACAAUUAAUAUAGAGUUGUAGAGAGUGUUAUACAAAAAAUGACUGUGAAGUUCAUGUAUUUCAAGUAUUUUCAACUGAUUUCCAAGAACUUAAUUGAAGCAGUUGCUUGUAUUUGUGUAUGUAUGCAUAGUCAAUCAGUGGCUAUAGGGCUUGUACAUUGUGACGUCACAUCGCAAUUACCGCCUCCAUUUUGGAAGUAUAGAAGCAUAAUAUUGUUAACGGUAGUGUUUUGGUCAUUGUUUAUUAAUUAAUUUCGAAGUGUUCCUCAUGUGAGAUGUGGCAAAACAAUCUGAUUAGCUUCGGAAACAAUAUAUUUAUGUUUAUUUUGGAUUUUACAUUACGACUCUCUUGAGUACUCUCGAAAGGUCAGAAUAUCGCCAACAGAAUAAUCCCAUGAUGCCUUCUGAUGUACAAGCCCUAUUGAAAUUCAAAAGAAUUAAAGCCAAUUUAAAAUAAA